CUGCUGGCUCGACGUUUGAAGUGCAGUUGACUGGGAGCAUGACGUGAGUCCGACAGGUUUUAACCUCACCUCCUACUUGCCAAACUCUCCGGUCUUAACAGCAUUUGCUACCUCUCGAGCCUACCUUCCUCGAUGUCAGGGAAGAGCAGGGGAGGCGCAUAGCACCUCUUGUAUGCAGCCUCGCCUUCCCCCAGACCUCUCCUUCUCCUCUACAUCGUCAUCGUCAUCAUCGGCCACAGCACGUACAACGUCUAUUCGCUACCGUUACGUGAGUUUUCGUUCUUACCAAUAUCGGGCCCCUCUUCAUCACCACUCUAUCACUAGGACGCCCAUCUGCGUACACCGUCCCACCGCCGUCUGAGGUCCUUCAACCCACCAACCCAAAUCGUAAGUCCAUCCCCAUUCCCCCCGCUCCAACCUAUUGAAGCCACUCAGCCAUCACCAUUCCGUCUCAAAGACCGCUAUCAUGUCUUUCGAUGUCCUCCCCAACGAGCUUCACGACGAGGUUGCCGAGUACCUCACGGCUGCGGAGUGCUUGAAUCUCAAGUGUACGUCGAAGUUCCAAUGUGGACGGGCCGGCAUGGGACUUAACGAAAAGAUACAUAUCUACAAGAGCAGUGCCCAGGCACUCAGCAAGCUGGUUUACAAACUCUUGUUUGAUCCACGCCUUGCAGCGCGCAUCAAAACAGUCACACUCCUCGAAGACACGGAUCAGCGCCCGGCGGAAAUCGCGUUCUUAUUCCGCCCGGCGAGAGAUGCGUUCUUACUCCUGAUCGACAACGAUGUGGAGGUCACCCCCACAAGUAAGGAGACGGUGUGGCGUCAAUUCUCUCACUCCUAUUUCAAGUCCAGCCUUGGAGAAUACGCGCAUGCGUCUACACUUGACGGGUCUGUCGUCCACAUGGAAUGGAUGCGUGGCAUCCUGAGGGCUGAAUGGGAUUUCAUGGUAGGAUUCGUACUGGGAGUCGCGUACGAAGUAAAGGAUAUUCGAUUGCGACUAACCGAGGCGGGACCCCUCACGCAGUUGUUCCUUUGCGCGGAUGGUCCCAACACUCCGAAGCUCAAGCAUCUCCAUCCGUGUCUUGGGUCUAUCAAACACUUCGAAGUGGAAUUCGCCGGCUCUAAUCUCCGUUACUCGGCCCCUGGUGUCCAUUACGAGAUCCCAUGGAUCCGGCAGAAUGUACUGCCCAUUCCAGCACAGGACUCCCUCCAAACGUUGAAGUGCACGAAUGUGUCGUCGGAAUACCUCCACCCAUUCCGCAUGGCCAAACUCAAGUUCAUGGAAAUGUCUAACACGAGUUGGGGUCGUCGAUAUCGGGAUCUCGACUCAAAUGCACAAAGUAUCGCCCGCCUGGAGUCCGUAACGGUCUAUGAGAACGAUCCCAUAGCAUUUAACCUCCGGCAAUUGGCCAAUCUCUCCGACGGAUUGAGCGAAGCGCGGAACCUCCGUUUUCUGGAUCUCCAAGUGUCAUUUAUCUACGAGCGCGAAUACUUGCAUCGCGGGAUCGUGUCGCUAGUCCGCUUCGGAAAAUUACAAACUCUGCGAUUGUCCAUGCAAAUAUUCUUCUCCCGCCCGGCCUUGCCUGCGAAUCUCCAAGAUACCCUUCCGAGGUCCAUCAUCGAGGUCGAGGUUUACGUUCGGAACAAUCAGCCACUUUGGAAGCAUAUCCGCGAGGCCAUGAAGAUGGCGAGGGAGUGCUAUGAUGCCGGCAAAUAUCCUCAUCUGAACUCCAUUACCAUGAUUUUCGUGGAUAAGUAUGAAGGGAGCGAGGCGUUUGUUCAAAUGGAGAAAGACCUUCGUCUGAUUCUAAAAGACUGGGGCAGUAGAAUCGAUUUCAAGGCUAUUAGGAGAGUCACCGGCCAGACGGAUGAAGUUGACAUACUGGAGGAAUACCGAGCCAUUCUUCAGACUAAUUAGGGAUAACUUGGCGAUACGCUGCACCCCGACAAUGGUGUAUAGCUUCUACAAUGCCUCGACAUAGGAAUCCGCACACUCGUUUACCGCUGCAUGAGUAGCUUCACAAGUAUUUUCAGCAUUCCGAAUAAGAGAGAAGCUC